UUAAAAAAAUGUGAUAUGUUUAAGUACGUUGAUGUAUGACAAAGUAACAGAUUGCAAACUGCUCCUAUUGGAUGAAAACGUCAUCAGAGUAUGCUUUCAAAACGCACCCACAAACAAAACCGUUGUGAAGUUGGAACUUGUCGAAUGUCACCUAAUUUUUAUUUGUCAGGAAUUUCUUAAAUUUUCUUCAACAGAAUUUGUAUUCAAUUUCACAAUGUCUUUAAUUUUCAGGUUAGCGAGACCAGGAUAUGGUAGCCAGUUUUUAAAAAAUACAAAUGGAAUGAUUUCUUGGAUGCGUCCAGUAACUUUAAAGGCAACAAGUAUCACUCCACCCAAAGAAGAAGGUCAUGAUGAACGUAACAUGAAAUUAGGAAGACCCCAAUCUCCUCAUUUGACAAUAUAUGCACCUCAACUUACUUCCCUCUUAUCAAUUACACAUAGGGCUACAGGCAUGGCCUUAGCAUUUUAUACUAUUGCUUUUGGUUUGACAGCUGCAGCCGCACCAGAAUCCAUAUCUGAAUAUAUUGAUGCAGUCGAAUGUAUGGAAUUAGGAAAACCAGUUUUAAGUGGGUUGAAAUUUAUGUUGGCAUUUCCAAUGACUUAUCAUUUCUGGAAUGGUAUUCGUCAUCUGUUGUGGGAUUCUGGAAGAUUCCUCACUAUUCGUGAAGUUUAUGCCACCGGUUAUAUUAUGCUGAUAUUAGCCAUUGCCACAGCAGUCGGUCUUUCUGUAAUGUAAUUUUAUUCAUAUGUUGUAUAAUUUUUUGUUACCAUAAGAAGGUAUUAUAUUAAAUAAUAUUUAUUAA